UCCCUGGCCUCCUGGGGUCUCGAAGGCAAACUGGGAUCCAUCUUUGCCGGCUUCUCCUUCCAUGGAGAACUUCCAGAAAGUGGAGAAGAUCGGGGAGGGGACCUACGGCGUGGUGUAUAAAGCGAAGAACAAAGUCACCGGCGAGGUGGUGGCGCUGAAGAAAAUCCGCCUGGACACGGAAACAGAAGGCGUUCCAAGCACAGCUAUCCGGGAGAUCUCUCUGCUCAAGGAACUGAACCACCCCAACAUCGUCAAGUUGCUGGAUGUGAUCCACACAGAGAACAAACUGUACUUGGUCUUUGAAUUUCUGAAUCAGGACCUCAAGAAGUUCAUGGAUUCUUCGACUUCCAUCAGUGGUGUAGAGUUGCCCCUUAUCAAGAGCUACCUGUUCCAGCUUCUGCAAGGCCUUGCCUUCUGCCACUCGCACCGUGUGCUCCACCGUGACCUCAAACCACAGAACCUGCUGAUCAAUGCUGAGGGAGCAAUAAAACUGGCUGACUUUGGGCUUGCCCGAGCAUUUGGCGUGCCGGUGCGAACCUAUACCCACGAGGUGGUGACCCUCUGGUAUCGGGCUCCAGAAAUUCUACUUGGUUGCAAAUACUACUCAACAGCUGUAGACAUCUGGAGUCUGGGUUGCAUCUUUGCAGAAAUGAUCACCCGUAGAGCUCUUUUCCCAGGGGACUCAGAAAUUGACCAGCUGUUCCGCAUCUUCCGCACCCUGGGCACUCCGGAUGAGACUGUGUGGCCUGGUGUCACGUCCAUGCCUGACUACAAACCCAGCUUCCCUAAGUGGGCCCGGCAGGACUUCAGUAAAGUGGUACCACCCUUGGAUGAGGAGGGCAGGAAACUUCUGGCGCAAAUGUUGCAUUAUGAUCCCAAUAAGAGGAUCUCUGCCAAGACUGCACUCAACCAUCCCUUCUUCCGUGAUGUCACCAAAGCUGUACCACAUCUUCGCUUGUGAGACAGGAUCAUGGCGUGCUGUGGAUUCUGCAACGUGCCCUUUUUUUGGACCACACCAGUUGCUUGCACUUAACUGCCCAGCUAAGAGCUGCAUGGACUACCGGAGGUCCACUUUGCCAUAGCCUUUACCUUUUUGGAGUUUUACACCUGGAUUCUUUUAAGGUACUAGCUGAGGCUGGUGCUCCCAACUCACCUUGCAUGAGGAGAGAUGAGACUCCAGAUCCAUCCACUGCAAAAACUCAGAUUGCUGAAGGGAUGACAGCUGAAUUCCUCAGACUUUUUUUUUAAUUCCCUAGGAAUCUUGUCUCCUCUUCAUUGAUACAGUGUCUACUGCAUUGAGCGUUAUCACAAAGCACCUCUUUUGCUGCUGCUUCCUAAACUGGAUGGCCCAGAGCUGAGCCUCUAGUGGCAGCCCGCACACUUCAACUUGUGUGCAAGGAUCAACUUACUUUUGUUCCAGCAAGUGACUUUCU